UUGUCUGAUACUUUGUUACCCCAACACUUUCCUCCCAGGAACCCUCUGCUCUCUGCUCGUCCCAAUGGCAGCUAAAGGAAUGCCCAUGCCCGGGGGUCUGGGGUCGCCCAAACCAGCCACCCCUGAAGUACAGAAACUCACUGAUCAGGUAAAGGCAGAGGUGUUUAAGAAAGAAGGACGAAACCUGCACAAGUUCCACGCAGUUUCAUUUGCCACUCAGACAGUCGCUGGUUAUAAUUAUAUUAUUAAGGUGGAGUCAGACGCUAAUGAAUAUUUCCUCAUUAAAGUGUAUGUGGACCUGAAUAAAAAAGUGGAGCUGAAAGGUUAUCAGAAGGGCAAGAACAAGGACACCCCACUGACGCUGUUCUAAGUCAAAGCCUCUCAGUGGGACAUGGACGGGGUCUCAGAACCGGCAGUUGGAAAACAUUGAUAGGGAAUCUCUUACUCUACGAUCAGCCCAAGCAAAUACUUUUAUACAAAUAAACUCAUCUUUGUACCCUU